AACGAAACAAAGAAGACUCCAGCAGGUGUCAUUUUUUCCUCUCAUUUUUUCUUGAGGUUGUGGGGUCUCGUACCACUAGUAAAGUUUAUGCUGCUUGCUUUGAGUGAAGAUGGCGGCCAGGGCAGAGCGAAGUUCCCCUCGGUUCCCUGAAGCUGAGGAUUGUGAGUUUGACGCUGAGAUUGUCGACGGAGACAGUAGUGAAGGUUGUAUCUUCAGCACUAGCAAGCCAUUGGAAACCCAGACAAAGCCUCUUCAGCCAAGUGAUGUCUCCAGUGAUGCUGCUGCUGAUGUCUCCAGUGAUGCUGCUGCUGAUGUCUCCAGUGAUGCUGCUGCUGAUGUCUCCAGUGAUCCUGCUGAUGUCUCCAGUGAUGCUGCUGCUGAUGUCUCCAGCAAAACCUUAGCUGAUUUGCCCAACAAACUAUUGGCUGAUAAUUUUUGUGAACCACUGGUGGGUAUCUCCAGUAAACCACUGGCUGAUAUCUCUACUGAGCCACCAGCUGAUAGUGAGCUGCCAGUUGAUAUCUUCAGUGAAUCUUCGGCUAAUAUCUCCACUGCACCACUGGCUGAUUUCUUAAGUGAACCACCAGUUGACAGCUCUAGUGAACCAUUAGCUGAUACCUUAAGUGAACCGCUGGCUGAUAUCUCUGGUGAACCACCUGCUGAUAUCUUCAGUGAACCGCUGGUUGAUAUCUCUGGUGAACCACUGGCUGAUUUCUUCAGUGAACCACCAGUUGACAUCUUCAGUGAACCAUUGGCUGAUACCUUAAAUGAACCACUGGCUGAUAUCUCUAGUGAACCAGUGGCUGAGAUCUCUAGUGAACCACCUGCUGAUAUCUCUAGUGAGCCAUCAGCUGGUAUCUCCUUUGAGCCAACAGUUGACAUCUUCAGUGAACCACCAGUUGAUAUCUCUAGUGAACCACUGGCUGAUAUCUCUAGUGAACCACUGGCUGAUAUCUCUAGGGAACCACUGGCUGAGAUCUCUAGUGAACCACUGGCUGAGAUCACUAGUAAACCACCUGCUGAGAUCUCUACCGAACCACCUGCUGAUAUCUCUAGUGAACCACCUCCUGCUAUUUCAAGUGAACUACCAGUUGAUAUCUCCAGUGAACCAUUAGCUGAUGCAUCCAGUGAUCCACUGGCUGCUAUCUCUAGUGAACCACUUGCUGAUAUUUCUUGUAAACCAUUGGCUAAUAUUUCUGGCGAACCACUUGCUGAUAUUUCAAGUGAAUCAGUAUCUGACAUUUUGAGUGAGCCACCAAUUUAUAUGAGCAGUGAACCAUUAACUGAUAUCUUAGCUGAACUGCCAGAUAUCGCUAGUGAACCACCAGCUAAUGCCUCUAAUGAAGUACUUGCUGAAAUCUCUCGUGGCUCGCCAGCUAGUAGUCCAAGUGAACCACCAGCUGAUAUCUCUAGUGAGCCAACAGUUGAUAUCUCUAGCGAGCCAAUUCCUGAUAUCUUUAGCGAGCCACCAGGUGAUAUCUCCAGUAAACAACCAGAGGAAAUCUCCAAUGAACUACUAGCUGAUAUCUGUAGUGAAGCACCAGUCAAUAUCCCCAGUGAAUUAUUGGAUGAUACUGCUAAUGAACCACCAGUCGUUGUUGAUAUAUUUAGUGCACCACCAGCUGAAAUCUCUUAUGAACCAUUGGCUGUUAUCUUUAAUGAAUCACAAGUAGAUAUCUCAAGCAGAGUAUUAGCUGAUAUCUCCAGUGAACCACUGGCUGAUAUAUCUGUUGAACCAUUAACUGAUAUCUGUAGUGAACCAUUGGCUGAUACCUCUAGUGAAACACUCACUGAUAUCUCUAGUUCACCACUAGCUGAUAUCCCCAGUGGAGCACCUGCUGAUGUCUUCAUUGACCCGCUGGCUGAUAUCAUUGAGCAUAUUCCCAAACAAUCUCAGCCUCCUGCAGUGACAUCCGCUGACCCCAUGCUUAGUAUCCUCAGAGAAACACCCAUUGGGCCAUCAGCUAAUAUUUUCAAUGAACCACUGGCUGAUAUACUCAGUGAAACACCAGUUGAUAUAUUCAGUGAAGAAGGGGUUGUCACCAACAGCAUGCCGAGCAUCAUCUCCAAGGGCCUCAGCAUGCAGACAGAGGAAGAAGUGCAGGAUAUAUAUGCAGAGGCCACUGUGGAACUGUCCCUGGACAGCAUGCACGAUGGCAGGAAGGAGGAGGAAACCACCAUGCCGUCACUUAUGUCAGGCCCCAACUCUGCCACACCCACAGCGGCAGAAACACAAUCUACAACCCCAAAAGAGGAGGAGGAGAGCAGGGAUGCAUUUGAGCUCAACAUCUCUGUCAGCAGCCCUGAGAAAGUGGGUGAUGGCAUGCAUGCUUAUUUGGCCUACAAGGUUUCCACACAGACCAUGCUGCCCAUGUUCCACAGAAAGACUUUUACUGUCAUGCGGAGGUUCAGUGACUUCCUGGGACUUUAUGAAAAACUGACAGAUAAACACUCACAGAAAGGAUACAUUGUGCCCCCUCCUCCAGAGAAGAGCAUUCUUGGGAUGACAAAGGUGAAAGUGGGAAAAGAGGAUUCUUCAUCUACUGAGUUUGCAGAAAGAAGGAGAGCAGCCCUGGAGAGGUACCUGCAGAGGGUGGUGUCCCACCCGUCUCUCGUGCAGGACCCGGAUGUCCUGGAAUUCCUGGAGAAAGAUGAGUUGCCCCGGGCAGAUGCAUACACUUUCACUGGUGCUGGCUUCUUUAAGAUGAUUAGCCGUGCUACCGAAGCCAUCAGCCGGAUGACCGUAAAGAUGAAUGAGUCUGAUGCUUGGUUUGAACAGAAGCUGCAUCACAUUGAGUCAGAGGACUUGCAGCUGCGGAAGCUCCACGCCAUAGUAGGCUCAAUGAUCACUCACAGAAAGGAACUGUCUGGCAGCACGGCGCAGUUUUCUAAGAGCAUGGCGAUGUUGGGGAACUCUGAGGAUAACGCAGCGCUGUCCUGUGUGCUGUCCCAGCUAGCCGAGCUGGACGCGCACGUGGAGCAGCUGCAGCAGGACCAAGCCUCUAGUGAUUACUUCAUCCUUGCUGAGCUGCUCACAGACUACAUUCGCCUGCUGGGGGUGUUGCGGAGCUGUUUCGACCAGCGUAUCAGGGCAUGGCAGCGUUGGCAGGAUGCUCAGAACACUCUGCAGAAACGGCGGGAGAUGGAGGCUAAGCUACUGUGGGCCAACAAACCAGAAGAACUGCUACUGGCCAGGGAAAAGAUUGCUGAGUGGGAGUCCAAAGUCUCUCUGUGUGAAAGAGAGUUUGAGAGGAUUUCUGCAACUGUUCGCAACGAAGUUCUGCGCUUUGAGAAAGAGAAGACCAAAGACUUCAAGAUCCAGAUCAUCAGAUACCUCGAGUCUCUUAUGCAAUCAGAGAAACAGCUGAUGAAAUAUUGGGAGGCCUUCCUGCCUGAAGCCAAAGCCAUUGCCUGAGAAACAGCCACAGCUCAUGGAGGCUGCCUCUUCAAGCAUUACCUCCUUCAAACCAAGAACCACCAUGAUCUGUAAAGUGAAAGAGGGGCUGUGUAAUUAUUUUAAUCACAGUAAUGUUAUUGCCUUUUUAUUUAGCUGUUUUAUCUAAAAUUGACUAUUUUACUCACAACUUUCACUUAUAUUUUCUAAAUAAUGAUAAAACUGUCUCUGUAACAUUGUUGAAGAUGGUGGCAGGUGCCAGUGCUUUUAGAUGUCUGAAAAGAUUUUCAUUCUGGGCUGUGUGGUAGUGCCAGUACAAAAUAAACACUGAUUUUGCCUUCAUGAAAAAA